AUGGAACCCAGUCGACCAGGCGGAUACCUCAGUAUCCCCAUCACGGAAGCCGAACGGGCCCAGGCAGCCCGAGCCCGCGAUGACAGCUCCGAGCGACUCCUCGCUGACACCCGACACUCAUCUCCAGAGUCUCGAGAUCCGUCGCCAGACUUUCGACCACCUCCUGUCGCCCAACUGCAGGUGCCAUUUCCCAGCAGAUUCCCCUCGAUACACGCAGCCCCGAUAGCACGACAGUUCGCUCCAAGUUUCCAACCAAGAAUCGAGAAUUCCCAAUAUCAUCAGAUCUCGCCAGUACCGGAAGAGGAUGAGCCAGAGUCGAUCAAACUUCGGCCAUACACGGCAGUCGCCGAGGAGGACGACAGCCGUUUGCUUCCCCCAGUAUUACCAGGACCGACUCCGCCUCUCUGGACUCCGGUCUGGCUGAAGAAAUGGUUCCUGGGCCUCUUCGCCUUGGUGUUCGCUGGCUUUCUGGUCGCCCUCGUCCUGCUGUGGUACUACGAUGGUCAGAAUGAUGGCUUCCACGUCGAUCAAGGGACAAGUCACUACGCAUGGGCUUACACCCCCACCAUCAUUGUCGUGUUCGUGGUGGCUGCGUGGAGGAUGGUCGACCACCAUUCAAAAUUGGCCAUGCCAUAUGAUGCCCUGCAGAACGGACCUACCAAGACCUCAGAGAGUCUCCUGGUGGACUAUAUCUCGAAAUUCCAGCUCGUGGCGUUGUUUGAGGCGUUCAAGAACAGCCAUUUCGCCGUCAUCACCUCAAUCACCGGAUUUGUGUUACUAAAAGUUGUUACGGUUUUUGCGACGGGUCUGUUGCUCGCUCUGCCGACUCAAGUGACCCUGAAAGAGAGUUCGCUCCAGGCAAAUGGAUUCGAUGCAGCGUCGUUCAACCCGAACUCAGCGCUCGAUUCUUCGAGCAGUGUCACUCAACCAGUAUAUGCUUACUAUGGGAGUAUGGCUCAGGGAAUGCCUCUGGAGAAUGGUGUUACUUUAAGGCUAGCAUACAGUGCUAUAUCGGUCACUUCGGACACACCAAUCGACGGUGACGUUUCUAUCUCAGGAGAAGUCGAUGCCUUUGUGCCGACCAUGUCGUGCGAAGCCGUGGAUGCACAGCUGACCACGCCCCGGAUUGUCAACGACACAAAUUCGGCCAGCGCGUUCGCGACUUCCAGCAAUAUCACCUUCGAUAUCCCCGCAGGCGAUGUCUGCGGCAAGCUUUCUUCAGUCACCGUGCCCGCCGAUAAUCCGUUCACUGAGAUUCUUCCCCAGCGCCAGGUUACAGGCACGAUGCAACAGGUUUUCUGUGGGACGGCGAACGCCAGUGUACCGGAUGUAGCAGGGCCGCAAGGUUUGUUGUUCACCAUCACAGACAUAGCCUAUCAGCAAGCCCUCUUCGACAACGCGACAGAUCUAGCAGGCGGCUCCUUCACCAUCGCGAGUGAUGUUUCGAGGACUCUCACGAAUCUCACGAAUGUCUUCUGCAGGCCUUCCUACAUGAUGACGAAAGCCCAGUUCAUCAACAACACCAAGCUGCUAGACAGCAGUCAGGCCGCAUUGAUCGAAUUGAAGGACGGCGGGACCAACGGCACGUUGGAAGGGUUUUCAGACUGGAACGCGACGAACGUCCUUUCACAGGCAUCCAUGGCGGCGCAAGUGCUGUUUAGCGAUACGAUCAACGACGAUACCAUCUCGGACUCGAGCGCAAUAUUUAUGUUGAUGGCUUUGACCCGCGGAUCUCGGAAUGUUGAUACCCUGAUCAAUCCGAGCGUGAUAAUGCAGGCUGCCACGGACACGUAUCAGGGAAUCAUGUCACAGUACGCACAUUUGAACUUGAGAGCAACCGACCACAGUGAUGUCGUAGGAGGCAAGGUGACUCGGCAAGAACAAAGGUUACGUGUCAAUGACGUUUCGGUGUGGACUAUGGCCUCAGCAAGUGGACUGCUCUUCUUGUUUUGCAUCGCGCUCAUCUUCAUCGCACCGAGAGCGGUCGUGCCACGCGACCCGAGCUCAAUCGCGGCAGUGGCGACGACUCUGGCCAGAAGUACCGAGCUGAACAGACUGUUGCGGAAACAGGGUGCGCCAGGCUACGCAAAUCAGAAGACGGCGUUGACAGGGUACGAGUUUGGAACGGCAAUUGCAACCACGGAUUCGGGGAGGGCGAGCUUCAAGAUUGUCGUUUCAGAAGGUGAGCUGGAUGAGCCGGCCACACAGCCAACCAUGGAUCUCAAAUGGUGGAGGCCAUUGACGGCGACAUUUCCGGCGGUGAUCAUUACAGUCAUUCUCCCGGUGGGCGCCAUCGUGGCAUUGGAGCUGAUUCAGCGGAAUUCCGAUGAACAUAGCGGGUUCUACGCGGUGGCGGACGACAAGUGGACUGAGGUCUACAGCCACUACAUUCCAGGCCUUGUGAUGCUGAUCUUGGCGGCGCUGGUCAACAUGCUGGACUUCAAUGUCGCCCUCUUUACUCCCUGGCACAACCUUGCCAGUGGCGGUGCCGUCCACAGAAAGUCAAUUCUGAACAACAUUCUGGGCAGGUCUCCUCCUUUUGCGUUUUUGCAGGCGCUGAGGACCGGGAGCCUAGGAGCUAUGCUGAGCAUUGCAGCAACUGCCGUGGCCAGUAUCCUCACAGUCAUUGCUUCCGGGCUUUAUUACGUGCAGCACUAUUCGGUCGAUGGACCGACCAUUUCGCUCACGCAGACCGACUCUUUCGCCUUGACGUGGGCGGACAGCUUCUCAAAUGACAACGGAGCGGGCGCGAUGAUGAACCUGCUUAUGCAUCAGAAUUUCAGUUACCAUCAGUUUACGUACGAAGGCCUUGUGUUUCCGAAGCUCGCGUUGAACAACUCGGCCUUGACGACCGAUACACUCACAACCGUCACGGGAUCCGCGUCGCAUCUGCUUCCAGCUGUUCGGGCCAACCUCAGAUGCGAUGUCAUCUCCUCGGACUCUUUCAGCGUGUCCACGCAGGCAGCUGGAUCUGGCUCGGGAUAUGCGACUGAUCAGGCCUUUGUCACCGUCCGUGCGAACCUGCCCGAUUCCUGCCAUCUAGGCGGCACCCGGGGCACAGACGAUUUCUUCCUGUACGAGAACAACUUUGAGCUUCCUUCAGGCGGCAAAGGUACAUACGCAGGUGCUCAACUAGACCUCUUAUUUGGAGAGAAUGCGACCACAUAUGGGAACUACGGGGAGCGUCGUGGCCAGUACAUUGGGGACAAUCCUCCCGUGGGCUGCCCCAGCUUAGCCUUCACAUUCGGCCACUUCCAGCUCGACAGCAAAGACAAGAGUCAAGUCACCACCAUGAUCUGCUACCAAGAGAUCCAGGGUUUGAGCGCCAACGUCACCCUGCGGCCAAACAGCACGACCAUCGAUCCCAACCACCCGCCGGUCGUGCAGGAGAGCAGUGUCUUCCUGCACGAAAACCCCCUUGCCAACAACAGCGGCGUCAACACCUUCGACUUCCGCAUCCAGAACAAUCUCGCGCAGGAAAUGACCGUCUUCAACGGCGGCAGCGGCACGCCCGCCACAAACCCGUCCAGCACCACCACGUAUGACAUCUUUUUUCAAGCCGUCAUCAAUGGCACCGCGCCGCACGAGCCGGCCUCCCUCGCCGGUCCAGAUAAUCAAGACGUCCUCGUCGACGCCAUCACCCGGUUCUACCAGAUAUACAUGGCGCAAGCCAUCUCGGCGAACAUGCGCGCCCCGGUGAAGAGCCUGUCCGACUCAUCGCGUGUCCUGCGUCGCCAAUCUUCGUCCCUAACAACGACCUCGCCCACCACAAUCGACACGCCGCGCCUCGUGCAGGACAUGGACUCGAAGCUCAUCCUGCAAGUUCUGUUGGGCAUCAUGGCCGCCCUCUCCGCCUCCGCCUACCUGCUCACCAAAUUCCACCGAGUCCUCCCGUGCAACCCGUGCUCCAUCGCGGGGACCAUGUCCCUCCUCGCAGGCAGUGACCUCGUCCACAGCACCGACGACGGCCUCUGCGAAUGCUGCGGCAAACCGCGCCGCAGGUCAUUCGGUGCCGACCUCACCAACCGGCCAGAGAGUAUCCAUGCGCGACCCGAGGAAACGGGUGGCACGCACGGCGAAGCCGAGGGCGAGGAAGUUGAUGACCGCGAACAGAUCAUUGAUGAUGGCGCGGAAUGGUUCUCCACCACGCAGUUUGAGGGCGUUUUCGCUGGGAGGCGAUACAGUAUGGGGUGGUGGCGCGAAAGACCAGCGCUCGGCAAGAGGCGGCGUUACGGCGUCGAUGUCGGGAUCCGGGCUGACGGGUCGGACGACCAAGACUGGGAGCUCGGCUCGCGGCGACCCCGGAGCGCUGCGUUCAGUGGGUUCAUGGACCCGAAACUGCGAGGCGACAGGGACGGCCGCGGCGGAUAUGCGCGCGGCAGUGACAGAGAGCCCAGUCCAGGCGUAUAUGUCCCCGAGGAGGCGAGGACGGGUGCCCGGUUCCAGAGUGAUGGACCCGGAGGGGGUGGGCCAGGUCCAGCGACCAUGGCCGCUCGGAGCAGUCCUUUGGGUGGGGAGGCAUAG